AUGAGAGACCGACGCGACGGCCGCAAUGGCAACACCAACGCCGAUGACAUCGUCAAAGCCGUCACCGAGCAAACCCGCCUUCUUUCCGGCGGCGACGCAGCCCUCCACAACGAAGGCGCGGAAUACGGCGCUCUCGCUGACGCGGCCGCGAGCACCAGCGCGGCCAUCAACGGCAACAAUGGCGCCGGCGACAACCCCAAAGACAAACCACUGCCCGUGUGGCAGAUUGUGGUGCUCUGCUACGCCCGCUGGAUCGAGCCCGUGGCCUUCUUCUCCAUCUUCCCCUACGUCAACCAGAUGGCGCAGGAGAACGGCAAGCUGGCCGACGCCGACGUCGGGUUCUACAGCGGCCUGAUCGAGUCGCUGUUCUCGCUCACCCAGAUGUUCGUCAUGGUCGCUUGGGGCCGCGCCGCCGACCGCUUCGGUCGCAAGCCGGUGUUGGUCUUUUCCUUGCUUGGCGUCUCCUGCGCUACGGCUUUAUUUGGCAUGGCCACGACGAUCUGGCAGAUGGUUUUGUUUCGGUGUCUUGCGGGUGUGUUUGCGGGGACGAUUGUUACCAUCCGGACGAUGAUCUCGGAGCACAGCACGUCCAAGACGCAGGCACGCGCGUUUAGCUGGUUUGCGUUUGCCGGGAAUCUGGGGAUCUUGUUUGGGCCGUUGAUGGGCGGCGCCUUGACCAACCCUGCUCGACAGUAUCCCGCCUUGUUUGGCGGGAUCCAGUUCCUGCUGGACUACCCCUAUGCCCUCCCGAGUUUUGCCGUUGGCCUCGUCGGUCUCUCGGCCGUGGUCGUGACGGCCCUCUUUGUCGAGGAGACACUGCCAAAACCUUCCCCUACCAGCAGCGUUGCUGCAGGAGGAUCUCACAGCGAGGAGGAAUCCGCAGCACCACCCAAACCCCCCAAAACCCACACGAUCUACUCCCUCCUCAAAACCCCCGGCGUCCCCAUCGUGCUCUACACCUACGGCCACAUCAUGCUCCUCGCCCACUCCUACACCGCCAUCGUGCCCGUCUUCUGGUUCACCAAGAUCGAGCUAGGCGGCUUCGGCUUCACCCCCCUCCAAAUCUCCCUCAUGCUCGCCGUCAACGGGUUCGCCCAAGCCACCUGGAUCCUCCUCGUCUUCCCACCCAUGCACGCCCGCUGGGGCACCAACACCGUCCUCCGCGCCUGCGCCAUCGGCUACCCCGUUUUCUUCGUCCUCUUCCCCGCCUUCAACACCGUUCUCCGCCUCGGCACCCCGGCCGCGGUCACGUUCUUCUGGAUCACCGCGCCGGUAGCGCUGGCUAUUGGAUCGGGGAUCAGCAUGUCGUUUACGGCGAUCCAGCUGGCGCUUAAUGAUGUUUCGCCGUCGCCGCUGACGCUGGGGACGUUGAAUGCGCUGGCGUUGGCGUUGACGAGUGGGUUGAGGGCGUUUUCGCCGGCGUUGUUUGCGAGUUUGUUUGCGGUGGGCGCGAGGACGCAGUGGUUGUGGGGGUAUGCGAUUUGGGUGUUGAUGUUUGGGAUUGGAUUGGGGUUUGUGGUGGUGAGUCGGUUCAUGCCGGAUUAUGAGGAGUUGAGGAGGAGGAGGGAGGAGGAGGAGAAUGAGGUUGACAACGAGAAUGAGGAGAGUUGA